UGCACUGAAACAUGGGUCCAAGCAGUGUCCAUGUUCUGCUGCUGCUCCUCCUGCAGGUCCUGCUGGCAUCAGCCGAGGGCUCAGAUGAACACCUGACGUGUGUUUGUGAAGGCCCUAAAUGCCCCCAGGCCUCGCAGUGCCAGGGUACCCAGUGCUUCUCGUCCGUUAAAGUCGGUAGCAGUGAGAUUGUGUUCGAGCGCGGCUGUCUGAAAGGUCCGGAAAAAAUCCGUCUGCAGUGCUCCACGACUCCGUCUUUCCAUCAGGCCAUCCUCUGCUGCUCGCAGGACCGGUGCAACAGCAACACCAGCAGCAGCCUGCUGCUGUCUCUGCUCCCAUCAGCAGCCCCUGAAGGUGAACCAGUUCGGUACCGGGUGGAGACUUUAGCUCUCUUUGUCCUGGCCCCGGUGGUGAUUCUAGUUCUGCUGUCCGUGGUGUCGGUGCUGGCCUGCAGGAGGCUCCACCGCGGCCGCCUUCAGAGGCUGCAGGAGUUUGACACGGAGCAGGGAGACGGGCUCAUCACUUCCAACGUGGGGGAAAGCACUUUAGCUGACCUGUUGGAUCACUCCUGUACCUCAGGCAGCGGUUCAGGUCUUCCUUUCCUCGUCCAGAGAACCGUGGCCCGGCAGAUCAGUCUGAUGGAGUGUGUAGGUAAAGGGCGGUAUGGAGAGGUGUGGCGAGGUCAGUGGCAGGGGGAGAACGUGGCGGUGAAAAUCUUCUCUUCCAGAGAUGAGAAGUCCUGGUUUAGAGAGACGGAGAUCUACAACACGGUGCUGCUCCGACAUGACAACAUACUGGGCUUCAUGGCGUCAGACAUGACGUCUCGAAACUCCAGCACUCAGCUGUGGCUCAUCACUCACUACCACGAGAACGGUUCGCUCUAUGACUACCUGCAGCAUGUCGCCGUGGAGACGUGCGAGGGCUUGGCGAUGGCAGCUUCGAUAGCGUGCGGCCUCGUGCACCUGCACACCGAGAUCUUUGGCACGGAGGGGAAGCCUGCCAUCGCACACCGAGAUCUGAAGAGCAAAAACAUCCUGGUGACCAAGGAGCUGCGCUGCUGCAUCGCGGACCUUGGACUGGCGGUGACUCACUCUCAGGCAGACAACCUGCUGGACGUGGGCAACAAUCCGAAGGUUGGCACCAAACGCUACAUGGCCCCUGAAGUGCUGGAUGAGACCGUUCAGACCGACUGCUUCGACGCCUAUAAGAGAGUUGACAUAUGGGCCUUUGGACUGGUGCUGUGGGAGAUAGCAAGACGCACYUACAGUAACGGCAUCGUUGAAGAGUACAAGCCUCCGUUUUACGAUCAGGUACCAAACGACCCCAGCUUUGAGGACAUGAGGAAGGUGGUGUGUGUGGAGCAGGAGAGGCCUUUUAUUCCCAAUCGCUGGUUUUCAGAUCCUAUGCUGUCGGCUCUGGUCAAACUGAUGAAGGAGUGUUGGUACCAGAACCCCUCAGCCCGACUCACAGCACUGCGCAUUAAGAAGACUCUGGACAAGAUUCACAGCUCUCUGGAGAAGGGCAAGGAGUCGUGAGGGAUCAGAAGGAAGGACAAAGCUCCACCUUUUUCUCCGUCUUCCUCUGUUGGACUCGAAGCCCGUGAGGACGUGUCGCGUCUGAAAAGGGACAGGAACCAGUCGUCACUGUGCUCCCGCUGACCUGAACUGUGGUCCGUUAGUCACUGGACGUUGUAGUACCCAGUCACAUGGCUUCGAUGCACAAUUCAUUCUCCUCUGGUUUGGCCUUCGUUCACACAUCGAACGCUUCGGGCCGAGCGUCUCAGUUUCUGAUCUCCAGCUCAGAGACAAUCAAAGCCAGUCCCACUCAUUUAGCUUCAUUAGACCCAAGCCAACGCUCACAAAUACACGUUCACAUAGAAAAGGAAGAAGAGCCACUAGAACCAACCUUGUUUUAAAAUCUUUUGGGGGAAAAAAGUACUAUGAUAUAUGUAUUAAACCUCCACUUUUACCACACUACUGAGGAUAUAUGUAAGCUAUAAACUUAUAUAAGCAUCAACUUUAUUGGACUGUUGUACCCUUCAGUGAUCAGAUAGGAAAUGAUUUGAUGAGGAAAAACAGGACAUUUCUUGUAUGAAACACUACAGCUGUGUGUUUACAGCUGCUUCGAACACAACUAUCUCCUGAUAGAAAUCUGUAUUUUAAAAUAGGAAAAUAAAAUCUCUGCUGGGCACAGUUAGGCAGAGGAAUGAUGCAGACCAGCUUGGAAAGGAGCUAGUUAUUUUUCUUUUCCUUCUAUCUUUUAUUGACGAUGAUGAAAUGAUGAAAAUAGUCUUCAUGUAGCAAACUGGACGUCCGCUCCUCUCCAGCCACGCUGUACAAAUUGCCUGGAUAAUAAAACCAAACACUUCAUCUCCGUUGGAAACGGUUUUUAUUUAGGAACUUGUUUUUCAAACUCAGAAGUUGCCUAGGUGUACAAAGACGUUAGUUUAAAAAAGCUGCCUUUGUUUUAAAGAGAAAAACUGUUGCUUUGUCUUUUUUAUAUGUAAUAAAACAUUUACUGCACUAUUGCCUAAUGGUUA